AUGUCGGAUCAAAGAUUUGCAGAAUUAAAGAAUGAUUUAAUUUUAAGAGUUUGUAGAGGUGAAAAAGUAGAGCGUACACCAGUCUGGAUUAUGAGACAGGCAGGUCGUUAUCUCCCAGAGUUCAAAGAGGUUCGUGCAGAUGUAGACUUUUUCACAGUUUGUCGUAAUCCAGAGUUGGCUUGUAAGGUUACUUUGCAACCGAUCGAUAGAUUCCCAGGUUUGGAUGCUGCCAUCAUCUUCAGUGAUAUCUUGGUGAUUCCACAAGCGAUGGGUUUGGAGGUGCAGAUGAUCCCGGGCAAAGGACCACACUUCCCAGAUCCAGUACGUGAACCAUCGGAGAUGUCUCGCGUCAAAUACCCUGUAGAUAUAAAGAAAGAGUUGCAAUAUGUGUUCGAUGCAAUCACUCUGACUCGUCAGCGUCUCGAGGGUCGUGUCCCACUGAUUGGAUUCUCCGGUGCACCGUGGACACUGCUCUCCUACUGUAUCGAGGGUGGCGGAAUCAGCGGUUCCGGAAUGAACCACGCCAAACUCUGGCUGUACAAAUACAAGGAGGAAUCACAUCGCUUCCUCAAGAUGCUGACUGACACCGUAGUUGGCUAUCUCAUUGGUCAGGUCGAUGCCGGUGCCCAGCUUCUCCAGGUGUUUGACUCGUGGUCUGGCGAUCUCUCGCCCGAUCUCUUCGAUGAGUACUGUCUUCCCUAUCUGGUGGAUAUUGCCAAGCGUGUCAAAGAGGUGCAUCCAACGAUCCCUAUGAUCUGCUUUGCCAAGGGAUCAAACUUUGGUUUGACGAAACUCGCUCAACUCUCUCAAUACGAUGUUUUGGGUAUCGAUUGGACUAUUGAGCCAAAGGUUGCACGUGAGUUUGUUGCCGGUACCAACAAGGUACUCCAAGGUAACAUGGAUCCAGCCGUUAUGUUUGCCGGCCAAGAGGUUAUCGAUCGUGAAGUCGAGCGUAUGAUCAACUCAUUCGGAACACAACGUUACAUUGCCAAUCUCGGUCAUGGUAUGCAACCAUCGAUGACCAUCGAUUCCGCCGCCAAUUUCAUUAGCUCAGUUCACAACAUUUCAACAAGAUUAGCAAGUGAAAAAGUAAAUAAACAAGAAUAA